GCUGAGGUUUAUGCGACUGCGAUACAAACGGGCUUCCUGUGGAUGAAAGCGGAAAAAGCGGAAAACUAACAUGAGUUAUUCUACUUUGCCUCUCGAUGAAUUGGUCCUUGUUUUCGGCUUUCUCCAUCCCAAAGAUCUUGUAAAUGCCGCCCAGGUGUGCAAAUUGUGGAGGGAGGCAGCGGGUGUUAGCAGCCUGUGGAAAAAACACUGCCUUCGCAAAUGGAUGUUUUGUAAUUUAAGCAACAUCGAACCAGGGCAUCUUACCUGGCAACUAUACUACCAAGCGAGAUACAAAGUAGACACAGGGGUAUCCAAGGGAAGGCCAGGUCUUGACUACACCUGCAAGACCUUGAGAGGACAUCCUAGCAAAAUUAAUGAUGUUGUUUAUGUUACAAGUAACAGCAUAUAUGAUGAAGGAAUCAUAGACAAAGCUGCUCAUCCUGUAGUUGCUAGUUGUGACCUGGAUGGGAUGGUUUGCCUGUGGAAUCCUCACAAUGGAAAGCAGCUCUGGAAAAAUGCUGAGCAACACAACUCUUCCAUCUUAUGCCUUGCAGCUGUCAAGCCAAAUGGCAGUUUUGCCAGUGGGGAUUCCAAUGGUAAUGUUGUCCUGUGGGAAAUUGAGUCUGGAGAGAGUAACAAGCUACCAGAGUCACAUAACAGUCCAAUUGUUGCAAUGGUGUGUGGUGAAGCCAGGAAAAGCAGUGAAGAAAAAAAGCUCUUCUUUGUUGGAGCUCGCAAUGGGGAGGUCAAACUUUUGGAUGUUCAUGACUCUUUCAAGUUGCACACUACUCUUGAGUGCCCUGUCGAUGUCCUCGACUCGUUGCUUUUGUACGCAAGUCACCGGCUGGUUGUCUCUGGUCAUCGUUUUGACUCACCUUCAAAUGUUAGAGUGUAUGAUAUUAGGCAACUUGAGAGGCAUGGUAGGGAGCUUUAUGUGCUGCCGUCCCCUCCCGAUGCUUCCUGUACAUGCUUCUGUGCUGCCCCAAGCCAAAGCAACUUUCUUGCAGUUGGGUACAGUGAUGGGAAUGUCAAGCUGUGGGACACAUCAAAUGGGCGGGAGGUUCACAACUUCUCUGCUCACAUGGGCUCCGUGACAGGUCUAACUGCUGUUGGGAAUACCUUGGUGAGCAUUGGUCAGGAUUUGAAGACUUGUGUGUGGUCAGUCUCUCGGUUAGAACUUUUAACUUCCUACUUGGACCACAAUAGUGAGAUAACUAGUGUUUAUGGUGAUGCAUUCAAGGUUGUGACAUGCUCUAGAGAUUACUCUAUCCGAGUGUACGGGUGGGGGGAAGCAAGAGCACUUGACAGCAAAUACACCCUGUUAGGCGGAUCAUUACAAAGAGCUGGGCAGGGUUUUGACAAGGUCAUUUGCGACUACACUACCUGCAUAGGAAUGGCAAAUAAUGUUCUGAAGGCCUACUCAUUCCAGGCCUAAUAUGUACCAUAGAGGCAUCCCAAGGGGGGGGGGAGGGAGAGGGACAUUACUCAAGGUACUUGAUUAUUAGAUCAGCAAUGAACGCCUUGUAUUGUUUAAUACGUGGUUCAA